AACAUGGUAUCUAUAAGAUUUACAAGUCUAGUACUAGGGCUUUUGUUGACUUUUGUUUCACUAAGGGACUCCAUUGCACAAGCCCACCAAGUGGCCGCCACUACGGCAAAUGGCAAUGUGCCCACAGCAGCGGGGGCCGCAGUUACUUCGAUUAAUCAGCAGGAGCUUUUGGACAAUGCGGCGACCACGGACGGCGCUAGAAGGCUUAAAGGAAGGAAAAUGGUGAUGAAUGAUGAUAUGAUGAAAGAGGGAAAUGUGAAUGGUGGGCCAUCAAAGAUUACAAGCACAAAUAUCCAUCAUGAAAAGAAGGGGAAGCCUAGUGUAGAAUGCAAAUUGAGUGAAACCAAUGUUCUUCCUAAGAAGGUCAGUGUAGUGGGCCUUGGACCAUUCAAUGCUGACUAUAAUGUGCCAAGACCCCACCCACCCAAGAACAACUGAAGGAAGAGCUUAAACCCUUCAUGGUAGCUUUUGUAUGUCUUCUUUUUGCCUUUCCUUCAAAUACAUUAAACAGUGAGAGAGUGAGCAAUAUCAUAGGAUGUAUGUAUGUAUGCAACUAAUUAUUACUGAUGUCUAAAGCAAUUUUGGUACUGAUAGGCUU